GCAGGGUCCUGCAGCCUGCUGCCUUGAAAACCUCCUGGAGAUCUGUGUUCUCAAAGACAUUUUGAGGGACAAUUCCCAGAAGCCACAGUCAGCUGAGGCAAUUCUGGGUGCAGGAGCAGCAAAAUCAUGGAGUUGGAGAGGAAAAUGCUACCCUUCGGGAGCAGGAGCCAAGGACUGGGCAGCAAAUAUGAGGGACUGGGAGCAAAGCACAAUCUUUGACCCAUAUGAGAGCCAGUGGCCUGAAUCCUCAGCUGAAGAGGCAAAGCGGCUGAAGGGCAGCAUUGGUGGGGUUUGGCUCCUUUUUUGUGUUGUGGGGCGGCUCAAGCCGUUUUCCUUUGCAUCUUGCAGGAGGCUCUGGAGAUGUUGCUCUCGGGGGGGCCUCCAACAGCUCAAGGCCAUCCCUUGGCUGAUUAUCAUUACGCAGGCUCAGAUAGAUGGACAGCUGAGGAGAAGGAGGCCUUCCAAAAGGCUUUCCACACCUACGGCAAGGAUUUCCAUCUCAUCAAGAAGCAGAUCCCGAGUAAGACCGUGGCACAGUGUGUGGAGUACUACUACUGCUGGAAAAAAGAGCAGAAACUUGCCAGCAGCACUCUUGCUCAGACUGCAGGCAAACGGAAGAGGAGGAAAAGCCCUCCCAGGAAGGAGACUGGGGAGACCGGGAAGAGAAGCCGCAAGCGGGCUGGCAGCGCGGAGUGUCCCUGCGGCCAGCCGCGCCAGCCGCGCCAGCCAGCGGGAGGCCCCUUUCCGUGCGGGCAGUGCCAACGGCACCACAGGGCAAGCUGA